GGGGGUGGGGUGGGUAAACAGCAGUCGGCUUUUUUUGGGGGUCGGACGGACGGAGGGGGGUGGGUGUCUCUAUCACCCCCUCCAAAAAUCUCCUACAGACGGAUUAGUCCAAAAUGAGUACCGAUCGCCGACGCGAGUCUCGGUCCGGUCGGCCUGAUGGUGAGAGCCCAGGCGCCGAGACUGAGAAGGCAGAAUCGCGGGAUUCUGCUAGCGGCACGGAACCCUCCAGAGACACACGCUGCCGCCGGACCAACAGCACAGUUUUCCGCUGGCUGCGGGAGAGAUGCUGGGGCAGAGGAGUCGCCGUGGACCCAUCCAGGGAUACAUUCAGGACCAUGACCAGCUUAUACAGCUCGAUGAACCCGGCCGACUCGGUGAACCUGAGCACCAAGACGCACGGAGCGGUGUUCAACUUGGAGUACUCGCCGGACGGGUCUGUACUAACUGUUGCGUGUGAGCAAACUGAAGUUCUUUUGUUCGAUCCAAUAUCCUCAACACACAUUAAAACGCUGGUUGAGGCCCAUGAAGACUGUGUCAACAACAUCAGGUUUCUUGACAACAGACUGUUUGCAACAUGCUCUGACGACACCACUAUUGCACUCUGGGACUUGCGGAAGUUGAAUUCCAAAGUAUGUACUCUGCAUGGGCACACCAGCUGGGUCAAGAACAUUGAAUAUGACACUAAUACACGGCUGCUAGUAACCUCAGGUUUUGAUGGGAAUGUUAUAACAUGGGACACAAACAGGUUUACGGAAGAUGGCUGCCCACAUAAGAAGUUCUUUCACACUCGAUACCUGAUGAGAAUGAGGCUAACACCAGACUGUUCAAAAAUGCUGAUAUCCACCUCUUCUGGUUAUCUGCUUAUUCUCCAUAAUCUUGACCUAACUCAAUCCCUGGAGGUGGGCAGUUACCGUAUCCUGAGGGCAAGGCGGACUGCUUUAAGCUUAGACAAUGUUACAUCAGGAUCUCGAGUGUCUGGUUCACCAAGAAACAGCAGCGAUUCUAGCCAGGCUUCAAAUAAACUAUUAUCUCCUUCAUCACAGCGGGAAGGUGGCUCACCUCGUAACAGCCUAGAGGUGCUGACUCCAGAGAUUCCAGGAGAACGGGAUCGGGGCAACUGUAUCACAUCACUUCAGCUGCAUCCUAAGGGCUGGGCCACAUUGAUACGUUGCUCAAGCAACACAGAUGACCAGGAGUGGACAUGUGUCUAUGAAUUCCAAGAAGGCACUCCUGUGCGAGCUGUCUCUCCCCGCUGUUCCCUUAAGUUGACCCACUACAUUGAAGAAGCCAAUGUAGGCCGGGGCUACAUCAAAGAACUGUGUUUUAGUCCUGAUGGACGUCUAAUCUGUUCACCCUAUGGCUAUGGAAUUCGCCUGAUGGCUUUUGAUGAGCAGUGCAGUGAGCUGGUAGACUGUCUGCCUAAGGAGUCCAGCUGUCUAAAGGAAAUCCGUUCCAUUUAUUCCCACAGUGACGUGGUGCUUACCACAAAGUUCUCGCCCACUCACUGCCAGCUUGCGUCUGGGUGCCUUAGUGGACGAGUAUCUCUCUACCAGCCAAAGUUCUAGCUGUCACUACCACAGGACGCCUUCUGCUCUUUCACAUUGGCAAGACUUUGUAGUGUCUGACACUGGUCUUAAUAAUUCAUUUUUAUUUCUUUUCAAAUUUGUAGAAAGAAGUUGCUUUUUAAGUCAUUUAGUGCACUUUUUUUAUUUUUAUUUGCAGGUUUUUGAAUCCACAAUGUCAUUCAGCACUUUAGAAGAACAAUUUUGGCUUCAUAAUGAAUUAGUUGGGUUUCCCUUUUUUUGUUUGAUGUUUGAACUAAAAUGGCUACAACAUAUCAAUAAUUCAGCUUUUUUUAUAUAAAGAAAAUUUGGAAAAUAAAGAGUGAUGCUUCUGCUGCUGGUCCGCACACUGAUAAGUUGUGCCUCAGACAAAGAAGGCAAGCUGUCUACUCUGCUGACUCUUGCUGAAAAUCAUUCUGUAGUAAUAUUUUACUGCAAAUGUCUUAACAUGCCUGACCAGCAUAUGGAUCCCAGUUAUCUCCUCACCAUUGAAUGUAACAUUUGCGGUUUGACAUGCAAGACUAAACUAUCCUGUAAAGUAAUUUCUCUUCACAGAAACUCACAUUUUGAAGUACUGCCUCAUUUUGCCUUAAACUGGAAAUACUGGCAGCAGUGAGCUCAUGUACCCUAUAUUGUAAAAUAAGAUGCAAUUUUUUUUUUGUCUUCUCCUUUUCUCCAAAUGCCAAUGUGAUAUAUAAGUGGGAGAUUGUGAUAUUUAUUGCUUACCUAUUUGUGUUAUGUUUUUGUUUGCUUUUCUUGUCUUAGAUCAUUAACAAUAAAUAUAUAGCCUGAAUUCUGUUUUUCCUCCACUAGAAGCCACAGUGAGGUAACGCCUGGGAAAGACGUAUGAAAUGAUUAAGAUCUGAAAACUGAGGUAGUCCUAUCUGGCCUGCUUGUGUAGUGACCUGCUUGGGUAAUAUGAAGAGGCAAGCAGUUAGACCGAGAUUGUCGAGUUUAAAGAGAUCACACGCUUGAACGUAUUAGAAAAAAGUAAAAGAAAAACCAGCACACUGCAGUGAGAGAUGGCAUGUGGCUAACAUUCAUUUCAGUCUGUCAUUUGCUUUGAAAGUUAUGCUCUUUACUUUUCAUUUGCCUGUAUAGCUGGACUUGUUCACUCUAGAUAUUUUAAUUUAAGUGGAAGAGUUUCAUAGAUUAAACUGCUUUCAAAAUGAAUCAGAUAAAUGAAGACAUCAUUUUUGAAAAGCAAGGCAUUCUGGCUGCCUGUAUGUUUAUAUCUUGGGUAGUCCAUCUUUUGAAAUGGCUUUGGUGAUUUAUAGAAAUGUGUAAUUUUUUGCUUAGGAAGGCAUUUAUUUGAAGCUGAAAGAAAAGCAGACAACACUAUUUAGUGCACAAGUAUCAGACAUCUGUGAUUUGCAAAUGAAAUCUGACAGUUUUGAAAGCUGCUUAAUGAUGUCUUCCACUUGCCAGGUAUGAUUUUUAUAUACAUAUAUAGAAUCUCUGCAUUUUUAGAAUGUUGCAUUUUCUUCUACAGUAUUUAUUUGUAUUUAUCAUUGAUAGCAGUUUUUCAUUAUCAUUGUCUGCAAGUCAGAACAAUAUGUGUUUUUUUUUAUUUUUUGUUCCUAAUUUUCACAUUCAUGUAAGGUAAUCAGAUGUUUUACAUAUUAUUUGCCUUUGACAUGCCUUCCAUUUUCUUCUUACAGUAGCAAAAAUUGAAAUGAAAAAACAACACAAAACUGUUUAGGAAAGUUUGUCACGCUGAAAUGCUGGAUUCAGUUUAAUCAAGAAAGAUAUCUUGGGAUUGAUAGAUGAUAAUUCAUUACAGACACACAGACAUGUACAAAAACAUACACAGUCCACUUAUGCAGCCCUUCAGACGGGCCAAAUAUUAAUAAGCUACUAUAAUACUUUAUAUCCUGACUGCCUGUCUAAAGCUGGAAUUUCCAUGUUCACACCAAGAACAACGUUUCUUCUCUCCAUGAAAGGAGAAUUUAUGUUUACGCGCUUAAAAUACAUGCAUCAAUUCUACCUCAAAAUAUAUGUUACAGUGGAGACGGUCAAUUUUUGUUCGUAGUUCUUUUGUAUUGUUUGUGACUCGGUUUAAGAAAAGACAAGGCACCAACCUUAGUUUGAUUUAUUUUUGAGUUUUCUUUCAUUUCAAAAUAACCACAUUUAUUUUUACCUUGUUUAAUGAAAGUAAUUCAUUUUUUUACAGAUUAGUUCUAGGGAGGUGAAACAUUACUGCGAUUUCACUGUGUUUACUGGAUUUAAUUGUCUCCAUUUUAUAUUAUACAUAUUAAAGGUUAUGUGACCCGUAAUUAUCCAUUUAUUGCAGCUUUUUUUUUUUUUUAAUGUGAUAUUCGCGUCAAGCUCUUGUGGUGUGCAUAAAACUAAAACUUUCACAAAACCAUUUGCCUGAUCAUAUAUUUAUUAGUUUAUAGUAACAAACACAUUUAAAAAAAACUUGUGCAGUAAAAUGUAAGAAUAUUUUGGUUGAAAUCUUAAUUUUCCUUGCCUUUAUUGUUCUGAUUUAGAAGAUAUGCUUAUUAUCAAGCUGCAUUUGUGUAAAUAAUAUGUAAAAAUAUAAUUACUAAUUAACUGCAAUUACAAUACAUAGUCAUGCUGGGCAGACAAGUGAAGAAAACUACUAUAUAUACACAC